AUGUCGAAAGGGAAAAUUACGGACGUUUUUCGGUCAAAAGAAAUAGCAAAUCCCAGUAGCAGCAGUAGCCAUGUCGAUGUCAGCAGCGAGAGUGACGGCGAUGAAGAAAUUGUAGAGGACCCACGAGACAGGAGUCCCAUUAAGCGCGCGACAGGCACAGCGAGUCCUAGCCCACAGACCAGUACUAGUAGGCCUACUGCCAGCGCUAGUGGGCCGAGCUGGAGUGUCAGUGGUGAACGCCGCGAGACGACCGCUGCCCCACAACAAAGUGGUCGUGUUCGGAAAUUUCCAAAUUCCUGGCUCGACCAAUUCCCAUGGCUGGAAUAUGAUGAAGUUGAGAAUGUUAUGGUGUGCAAAGACUGUAGAGAAUUCGGAGUAGAAGGUUCGUGGUCAACCGGAAAUAACAAUUUCAGAUUAAAGACCGUAAAGGAGCAUGUUGCUUCAGAUGCUCACAAAACCGCAGCUGCUGGAAGUCAGCCUGGACAGGUUUCUCUUAAUACCCAGUGGCAGAAGGAAAGGGAGGAAAGGAGAAAAGCAAUAGUGACAGCGCUUAAAACAGCUUACUGGCUUGCUACAGAAGAAAUGCCCAACAGGAAGUAUGGCAGCCUGAUCAACUUUUUGCAGGAGUUAAACUUGAAGGAGGCUAAAUUCUUGAACAGGGGAAAAAAUGCGAAGUACACAAGCCCAGAUGUGUACAAUCAGUUGACUGAAUGUUUGAGCAAGGUCAUUUGGAGGCAGCUCAAGUCCGGGAUCCGUCAGUCCCCAACUAUUGGUAUUGGGAUUAAUGAAAGUACAGACAGGGCACAGGAAAAACAUGUCGCAGUCAUUGUCAGGCAUAUUACUAAGGAGGGCCGUGUCACAACAGACUUUUUGUCACUUGAAAGAAUUGAGGACGGUACGGCUGUUGCCAGUUUUGAGGCACUGAAUAAUGUGGCGAAGAAACUGGAUGUUCCGUGGAAAAAGGUUAUGGGCCUUGGCGCUGAUGGGGCGUCUGUCAUGUCUGGGGAAAGGAAUGGUCUGCGAAGUCUGGUGGAAAAAGAAAACCCCCACUGUACGUAUGUGCAUUGUGUCUGUCACAGGCUCAACUUGGCAGUAUCACAGGCCUGUAAAACUUUUCCAGAAAUGGAAACAGUCAACAAAAUACUGUCAGCUGUGUACAGCUAUAUAAACCAAUCCCCAAAGAAACACCAGGAGUUUAAAGAAAUCGCAAUACUCCUAGAGGCAGACAGUGUAAAAUUUAAGAGGGUGUUUGAGAUAAGAUGGCUGUCCAUGGGGGAAUCGGUUCUGGCUCUUAUCAAAAAUUAUGAACCAUUGACAGUCUUUCUCAGCCAGGAGGCAGACAGGGGUGACCCAGUGGCAGUGGGUUUACUGCAGCAGCUGACUUCCUUCCUCUACCUCGGCCUUCUGUUCCUGACUGCUGACAUUUUAGCAGCCAUCCACCACCUCAGGAAACUGUUCCAGUUCCGUGACGUCAGCUUCAGUGCUAUCCAGGGCUCACUGAAGGACUGUAGAGACACCCUUCAGGCAAUGCAAACACAGGAUGGUCCACAUCUAGGAGCAAUGAUGGCACAACUUCAGGCAGGUGAUCCAGAAGUCUUCAGGGGCCAGCGCAUCAGAAUGCUACCUACAGGACGAGGGCAGCAUCAACCUCUGACAGAGCGUUUCCAAGAAGUGCGACGGGAUUUCAUCCAAGAAAUACUGGAUAAUCUUGAGAGUCGUUUUCCACAAGUCACCCUCUUGAAUGCCAUGCAGGUAUUUGAUCCCAUGGCCUAUCCUCAAAAUCCAGAAGACCUAUUUCAGUGGGGCAACGGCCAUCUCAACACACUGUUGGAGUUCUAUGGAGAACCUAAGGAAAAUGCUGAUGGUGUUCGUUUUGACAGGAUCGUUGAUCCAGAUGUUGCAAGAGGAGAGUUCUUGCCCUUCAAGCGAGUGCUUCAUAGAAAUAGGAGUGACGAGGGUGCAGCGACACCUAGAUUUCUGAGACCCAUUGAACUCUUUGAAAAGAUCUUUGAUGCCAGGGACAGAAUAGGCAACAGGCAGAUAUUUCCAGGCGAGAAAAACUGA